AUAGGGGUUGUUGCAUGGGCCGGGCGCAGUCGGUGCAGUUGUUAGUCAACGGUCGGUGCGGCGGGUACCUGCACGUCGUUACAGCGAGUAGCAGGACGAGCGAGUGGCACGCCGAGCUCAGACAACUCCUGAGGGAGGAGAGACGUCGAAUCCUCACCUGCUGUCCGACACCACUUGGACAUCACCAAGAGCCAUGAGCGAUUCCUCCGAAUACGACAGUGACGACCUGGCCGAAGAUUUCGAGGGACUGGCCGUGGAUAAUCCCCCGCCAAGGAAGUACAAGUGCGGUGUCUGUAAGGAGGUCGGCGACCACUUCAUCAACGACUGUCCCACGGCGGCGGAGACCGGCCAGCGGACGCCCUACCAAGGCAAGAGGCGCUGUUUCGGUCAGUACCAGUGUAGCAGCUGCCUACGCCUGUGGGUGUCCAGUCGCAGCUGGGCCAACACCCAGCAGGCGUGCCAGGACUGUAAGGUCUACGUGUACCCGCACAGGCAGAGGUCGCUGUAUAAGCCCCAAGGGAUGGACGACGUAUGUGAUCUGGACAAAAAUCAUCAGCAACAACUGUGCGGUAGAUGCCAUCGGCUAGGCCAUUCGUGUGUGCAAUAGAAGCAUCACUGGUCA